AGUCACAUGAUCUUGUUAAACGGAAGUUGCUACAGCUGUUUCUGAAAACAUCAGCCGUGGAGGAUUAACAGCAGAUUAGAAGCAGCGGAGGAGUCAGGAUGACCACCGCCGCGCUGACAGCGGGUCUGGACCGGAUCCCGGACCAGCUCGGGUACCUGGUCAUCAGUGAGGACGGAGUCCUGGCCUCCGCAGGCGAGCUGGAGAAUGAUGAGCACACAGCCAGCGUGAUGAUGCAGAUGGUUCGAACAGCGAGUCGCUUCAGGUUAUCGGGAUCACCGGAGCCACCGUUCAAACGCAUGUCAGUGAUCUUGGAGGACUUCGUGUACGCGGUGACAGUAUCCGGUCAGAAAGUAUUUGUGGUCAAACGGCAACACAACCAGCAGGAGCCGGUCAGCGUCUGAUGAUGAAGAUGAUGAAGAGCUGCAGUCCAUCAGUUUGUGUUCAGAUUGUUUGUUUUAAUGUUGUUUGAAAUAAAUCAAUUUAAAAACUGAA